CAGAUGAUAUUAACCGUGUUCUUGAGCAACAAUGAACAGAUUUUAACAGAAGUUCCCAUAACACCAGAAACAACAUGUCGGGAUGUUGUAGAAUUUUGCAAGGAACCUGGAGAAGGCAGUUGCCAUUUAGCUGAAGUGUGGAGAGGAAAUGAGCGUCCCAUACCCUUUGAUUAUAUGAUGUAUGAACAUCUUCAGAAGUGGGGGCCACGAAGGGAAGAAGUGAAAUUUUUUCUUCGACAUGAAGAUUCCCCAACCGAGAGCAGUGAACAAGGUGGCCAUCAGACUCAAGAGCAAAGAACUCAGAGAAAUGUAAUAAAUGUACCUGGAGAAAAACGCACUGAAAAUGGGAUUGGGAAUCCACGUGUCGAACUUACCCUCUCAGAACUCCAAGAUAUGGCAGCUAGGCAACAACAGCAAAUUGAAAACCAGCAGCAAAUGUUGGUUGCCAAGGAACAGCGUUUACAUUUUCUAAAGCAACAGGAGCGCCGUCAGCAGCAGUCUAUUUCUGAAAACGAAAAGCUUCAGAAAUUGAAAGAAAGAGUUGAAGCCCAGGAAAAUAAACUGAAGAAGAUCCGCGCCAUGAGAGGACAAGUGGACUACAGCAAAAUCGUGAACGGCAGCCUGUCUGCCGAAAUAGAAAGGUUCAGUGCCAUGUUCCAGGAAAAGAAGCAAGAAGUACAGACUGCAAUUUUAAGAGUUGAUCAGCUCAGUCAGCAAUUGGAAGAUUUAAAGAAGGGAAAACUGAAUGGGUUCCAGUCUUACAAUGGCAAGCUGACAGGACCAGCAGCAGUGGAGCUGAAAAGACUGUACCAAGAGCUACAGAUUCGUAAUCAGCUCAACCAGGAGCAGAAUUCAAAGCUCCAGCAGCAGAAGGAGCUCUUGAAUAAGCGCAACAUGGAGGUGGCCGUGAUGGACAAGCGGAUCAAUGAACUGCGUGAACGUCUUUAUGGGAAAAAAAUUCAGCUGAGCCGUGUGAAUGGCACGUCGUCGCCACAGUCACCCCUGAGCACGCCUGGCAGGGUCGCUGCGGUGGGGCCUUACAUCCAGGUUCCCAGCACCGGCAGCUAUCCUGCCCCCGGAGACCCCAUAAAGCCCCAGUCUCUCACUAUCACCUCAAGUGCUGCCCACGGAAGAUCCAAAUCCGCCAAUGAUGGAAACUGGCCAACAUUAAAACAAAAUUCUAGCUCUUUGGUGAAACCGACGCAGAUCGCCAGUGUGGACUGGAAGGACCCGAACGUGGAGGGGCCUCUCAAGCAGGGGGCCGUCUCGAGCCAGCCUAUGCCCUUGUCAGCCUUGGGAGCCCCGGAGAAGAUGGGCAUCGAGAUUGGUAAAGUGCCACCUCCCAUCCCUGGUGUCGGCAAGCAGCUGCCCCCAAGCUAUGGGACAUACCCAAGCCCUGCGCCCGUGGGCCCAGGCUCGACAAACUCCCUGGAGAGGAGGAAGGAGGGCAGCUUGCCCAGGCCCAGCGCAGGCCUGCCCAGUCGGCAGAAACCUGCACCGCUGCCCCCUGCGAGUGGCCCCCACCAGCCAGGGUCCUCCCAGCAGAUUCAGCAGAGGAUUUCUGUGCCACCAAGUCCCACAUACCCACCGGCGGGGCUGCCUGCCUUUCCAGCUGGAGACGGCAAAUCUGAACUCCCACUAACUGUGGCCAUUAGGCCCUUCCUGGCUGAUAAAGGGUCAAGGCCACAGUCCCCCAGGAAAGGGCCACAGACAGUGAAUUCAAGCUCCAUAUACUCUAUGUACCUCCAGCAAGCCACGCCACCUAAGAAGUACCAGCCAGCGGCGCACAGCACCUUAAAUAAGUCGGUUAAAGCAGUGUACGGUAAACCCGUUCUGCCCUCCGGCUCUGCAUCCCCGUCGCCGCUACCGUUUCUUCAUGGGUCGCUGGCCACAAGCGCCUCGCAUCCCCUGCCGCCUUCAGAAAGUGCUGAGAAGGAGCCAGAGCAGGACAGCCCUGCCGCCCCCGGAGACGGGGCCGCCGUGGAGAGCCUGCCGCGGCCGCUCAGCCCCACCAAGCUCACGCCCAUUGUGCACUCGCCGUUGCGCUACCAGAGCGAUGCUGACCUGGAGGCCCUGCGCAGGAAGCUGGCCAACGCGCCCCGGCCCCUAAAGAAGCGCGGCUCCAUCACGGAGCCAGAGGGCCCCUGCGGGCCCAACAUCCAGAAGCUGCUGUACCAGCGCUUCAACACCCUGGCCGGGGGCAUGGAGGGCACCCCCUUCUACCAGCCCAGCCCCUCGCGGGACCUCCUGGGCUCCUUAGCCGACGUGGACAAUGGGAACACCGCUGCCAACGGGAACCUAGGCGAGGCCGGCCCCACCCUGCCCACGGCCCCACUCCCGGCCGAGCCUGCCCCCGCCUCGGAUGCCAAUGACAACCGGCUCCCUUCCCCCGAACCGGAGGGGCCCAUCUGUCCCCUGAACACCCACCAAACGGCCGAGCCUGCCGAGGACGACAACAACAACGUGGCUGCGGCCCCGCCCACGGAGCCGCCACUCCCCCCAUCGCUUCCCCCCGCCGCGCCCCCGCCGGCGGCCCCUACGAGCAAACGGACCAACCUGAAGAAGCCCAACUCGGAGAGGACGGGGCACGGGCUGAGGGUCCGCUUCAACCCGCUGGCGCUUCUCCUUGAUGCCUCCCUGGAGGGGGAGUUCGACCUGGUGCAGAGGAUCAUCUAUGAGGUGGAGGACCCCAGCAAGCCCAACGACGAGGGCAUCACCCCGCUGCACAACGCCGUCUGCGCCGGGCACCACCAGAUUGUGAAGUUCCUGCUGGAUUUCGGGGUCAACGUGAAUGCCGCCGACAGCGACGGCUGGACGCCGCUGCACUGCGCUGCUUCCUGCAACAGCGUCCACCUCUGCAAACAGCUGGUGGAGAGCGGCGCCGCCGUCUUCGCCUCCACCAUCAGCGACGUUGAGACUGCUGCGGACAAGUGCGAAGAGGCAGAGGAAGGCUACCCCCAGUGCUCCCAGUUCUUACACGGGGUGCAGGAGAAGUUGGGCGUGAUGAACAAAGGUGUGGUGUAUGCUCUGUGGGCUUACGAGGCCCAGAACAGUGACGAGCUGUCCUUCCACGAAGGGGACGCCCUCACCAUCCUGAGGCGCAAGGACGAAAGCGAGACGGACUGGUGGUGGGCUCGCUUUGGGGACCGGGAGGGCUACGUGCCCAAAACCCUGCUGGGGUUGUACCCACGGAUCAAACCCCGACAGCGAACACUGGCCUGA